CCAACGGGCCGCUCAUCUCGCCGUCGCCUAAUCCGCCCGUGGCCGUCGGCCCUGACCGCAAAGGCGCACCCGCAAGGUUAUUUUUGAGCCCCAACUCCGAACACUCCAUCAUAGGUCGUCGAAUGCGUGCGCGUCGAGCGCACACGCAUUGUCCCUCCCCGUCGGCCCUCUGCUAUAAAUCUCGCCUUCUUUGCACGGUCGUCACACUCCUGCCCGUGUGUGUCCUGCUGGCCGCGCAUCUUCAUACAGCCAUGUCUGACAUCGAAGAGGAGUACGAGGACCAGGCAGAGGAAGAGGUGGAAGAGGAGGAGGAGGAGGAGGAAUAUGAACAGCAGCAUGAGGAAGAGGAAGAGGAGCAACCGGUCUAUGAGGAUGAAACAGAGGAGGAACGUCCCAAACCAAAACCACUGGUGCCUCAAAUCGCCCCGCCAAAGAUUCCCGAAGGAGAUCGAGUUGACUUUGAUGACAUCCACAGGAAGCGAAUGGAAAAAGACAUGCUGGAGCUGCACACGCUGAUCGACGUCCACUUUGAACAAAGGAAGAAGGAUGAGGAGGAGCUGAUUGGGCUCAAGGACCGAAUUGAACGUCGUCGGUCAGAGCGUGCAGAAAUCCAAAGAGUCCGAGCAGAGAGGGAGAAGGACAGACAGAACAAGAUUGCGGAGGAGCGUCAGCGGAAAGAGGAGGAGGAAGCCAAGAAAAAGGCCGACGAUGAAGCCAAGAAGAAGAAAGUGCUCUCUGGCAUGGGGGCCAACUUUGGAGGCUUCCUGGCCAAGACCGAUUUGAGGAAGGGCAAGCGUAUGACCGGCCGAGAGGUCAAGAAGAAGACCCUGGCCGACCGGCGUCAGCCGCUCGCCAUCGACAGCAUGAGAGAGGACUCCCUCAGACAACGAGCCCAGGAGUUGUGGAACUGGAUCUACCAGCUGGAGUCUGAAAAAUUCGACUACAUGGAGCAUAUAAAGCACCAGAAAUACGAGAUUAUCGUGCUGCUCAACAGAAUCCAACACGCUCAGAAAUUUAAAAAGGGGCACGGUAAAGGGAAGGUGGGUGGCCGCUGGAAGUAGGAGUGAAGAACCGUCAAUCCAAACCAAACUUUUCCCCAUCGUGGUAAGAAGAAGUGCAAGAGCAGGAAUCUUCAAUCUGUACUAGCGUUGUGGCUUCUCUGUGCGUGAGACAGAUUGUUUUGGGGUUUUUUUUUCAUAAUGUUAUUAUAAUAAAACAUGCUCUCUGUGAGUUGG